AUGCAGUACGAUCACAUCAGACGGCAGUGGGCGGCGAAAUGCUCCUCUCUGAAAGCAAAAAUACCAGAAACCCACAAGACCUCCAGUACUUCUACCGCCAACAGCUCCAACGGCGUGCCUCGUGGCUGGGCCCUCAAGGCAAGGAAGUGUAGUAGACUUACGGAACAGGUGAAGAACUUCCUUCUCGAGCUAUUUCUUGUUGGUGAAGAGACUGGACGCAAGGUGACCCCGCCUUAUGCUUUAAAACGAAUACGCACACUAUGUCGGGAGGGUACUAACGAACGCUUUUUCGACAAAGAGGAGUGGCUCACAGCUCAGCAGAUUGCAAGCUAUUUUUCUAGACUGGCGACCUUAAAGAAUACCGGAAAAUUUCCGGAGGCCAGCGACAUCAACAUUGCUCACCAAGAUCUAGAGCCAUUGGAAAGAGAGAUUCGGCGGUAUAAUCUACGCGAGAGGGUGAAACAUCGGUUAACUCUGUGA